ACUGGCGCGGGUCACAUGCUCGCCGUCCGUCUCCUGGCGCUGCUUUGGAGUCGAACCGAACCUAACCGAGACAUUCCUUUUCCUCUGUUUGCAGUAUGCAUCGGCACGAACGGUCGCAUGUCGGUGCCGUCCAACCGGGAGCACCACUACCGCAACCUGCGCGACCGGUACACCAACUGCACCUACGUGGACGGCAACCUGGAGCUGACGUGGCUCCAGGACGAAGGGUUCGACCUGAGCUUCCUGCAGUACAUCCGCGAGGUGACGGGCUACGUGCUCAUCAGCCACGUGGACGUGCGGCGCAUCGUCCUGCCGCGGCUGCAAAUCAUCCGCGGCCGAACCACCUUCAAGGUCAACAUCCAGGAGGAGGAGUUCGCGCUGUUCGUCACCCUGUCAAAGAUGCACACGCUGGAGAUGCCCGCGCUCAGAGAUAUUUUGAGCGGAAGCGUGGGCAUGUUCAACAACUACAACCUGUGCCACAUUCGGACUAUCAACUGGGAUGAGAUUAUCACGGGACACAACGCCAAAUACACCUACGUGUACAACUUCACGUCGCCGGAGCGGGAGUGUCCUGCUUGCCACGCCAACUGCACCGCCGGCUGCUGGGGAGAGGGCGUCGAGAACUGCCAGCAGUUUUCAAAGACCAACUGCAGCCCGCAGUGCUGGCAGGGCCGGUGCUUCGGCCCGGAGCCCCGGCAGUGUUGCCACCUCUUCUGUGCCGGAGGCUGCACCGGUCCCAAGCAGAGCGACUGUCUGGCGUGUCGGAACUUCUACGACGACGGCGUGUGCACGCAAGAGUGCCCGGCCAUGCAGCGCUACAACCCCGUCAAGUACCGGUGGGAGACCAACCCCCACGGCAAGUACGCCUACGGGGCGACGUGCGUCAAGAACUGCCCGGAGCACCUGCUCAAGGACAACGGCGCCUGCGUGCGGAGCUGCCCGCCGCAGAAGAAGGCUGUGAAUGGCGAGUGCGUGCCGUGCGGCGGCCCGUGCCCCAAGACGUGCGAGGGCGUGCAGACGGUACACGCCGGCAACAUAGAUGAUUUCCUCGGCUGUACCAUAAUUGAAGGCUCGCUCACCAUCCUGGACCAGUCCUUCAAGGGCUUCCAGAUGGUGUACUCCAACUACAGCUUCGGCCCACGCUACCCCAUGAUGCACCCGGACCGCCUGGAGGUGUUCAGCACGCUGAAGGAGGUGACGGGCUACGUCAACAUCCAGGGCUACCACGAGCAGUUUACCAACCUGUCCUACUUCCGGAACCUCGAGGUGAUCGGUGGCCGAGCGCUCACCGAGUACUUCGCGUCGCUCUACAUCGUCAAGACGUCCCUGCGCUCGCUCGGCCUGCGCUCCCUGCAGAAGGUGCACUCGGGCUCCAUCGCCAUCCUGGAGAACAAGAACCUGUGCUUCGCGCAGGGCGUGGACUGGAAACGCAUCAAGAAGUCGAGCGAGCACAACACGCUGCUGCAGAACAACAAGAAGGAGGAGGAGUGCAUCGCGGAGGGCUUGGUCUGCGACAAGCAGUGCUCGUCCGAGGGCUGCUGGGGCCCCGGGCCGACCAACUGCCUGUCGUGCGCCAAGUUCCAGUUCGAGGACACGUGCCUGCCGGACUGCGACACGGUCGGCGGCAUGUACCGCGCCGGCCAGGGGCUGUGCAAGCAGUGCCACGAGGAGUGCGACGGCACCUGCCGCGGCCCCGGCCCGGACAACUGCACGCGCUGCAAGAACGUGCGCGACGGCCCCUUCUGCAUCCGCACCUGCCCGAUCAGCAAGUACGCCGAGAACGGCGAGUGCAACCCGUGCCACGCCAACUGCGUGUACGGCUGCAGCGGCCCGGAGAACACCAUCGGCCCGACGGGCUGCACGUCGUGCGAGAAGGCCAUCAUCAACGGCGACGUGACGGUGGAGCGUUGCCUGCAGAAGAACGAGUCCUGCCCGGACGGCUACUACUACGAGUGGGUGGGGCCGCAGGAGCAGGGCCCGCUCAAGCCCCUGGCCGGCAAGGCCAUCUGCAGGAAGUGCCACCCGCGCUGCAAGAAGUGCACGGGCUACGGCUUCCACGAGCAGGUCUGCCAGGAGUGCACCAAGUUCAAGCGCGGCGAGCAGUGCGAGGACGAGUGCCUGCAGGACCACUUCGCCGUGCACGGGUCGCAGGAGUGCGUGGCGUGCCACCCCGAGUGCCGCGGCUGCCGCGGGCCCGAGGCGUCCGACUGCUUCAACUGCCGCAACUACAAGAUCUACCGCGACGGCGGCCAGCCCGGCGACAACUCCACCGCCUUCAACUGCACCGCCACCUGCCCGGCCGAGAUGCCGCACAAGAUCUUCCCGCAGGACAACCGCGGCCCGUACUGCUCCUCCGAGCAGACCAUCAGCAGCCCCGUGCACGACCCCGAGCCCACCUCGACCAUCCUCUUCAUCGUCGUGCUCGUCACCAUCACGCUGGCCAUCUUCGGCAUCAUCUUUGCCCUGUACUACGUGCGCAGGCGCUUCAAGGCCAAGGAGAACGCGGUGAAGAUGACCAUGGUGCUGACGGGGCUGGACGACAACGAGCCGCUGCGGCCCAGCGUCAAGCCGAACCUGGCCAAGCUGCGCAUCAUCAAGGAGGCCGAGAUGCGCAAGGGCGGGGUGCUGGGCUACGGCGCCUUCGGCACGGUGUACAAGGGCGUGUGGGUGCCCGAGGGCGAGAACAUCAAGAUACCCGUCGCCAUCAAAGUGUUGCGGGAAGGCACGGGCGCGAGCAGCAACAAGGACUUCCUGGAGGAGGCGUACAUCAUGGCCAGCGUGGAGCACCCCAACCUGCUGCAGCUGCUGGCCGUCUGUAUGACGUCCCAGAUGAUGCUGGUCACGCAGCUCAUGCCGCUCGGCUGCCUGCUGGACUACGUGCGCGCGCAUCGCGACCGCAUCGGCUCCAAGGCGCUCCUCAACUGGUGCACGCAGAUCGCCCGCGGCAUGGCCUACUUGGAGGAGCGGCGGCUGGUGCACCGGGACCUGGCGGCGCGCAACGUCCUGGUGCAGACCCCGCACUGCGUCAAGAUCACCGACUUCGGCCUCGCCAAGCUACUCGACAUCAACGAGGACGAGUACAAGGCGGCGGGCGGCAAGAUGCCCAUCAAGUGGCUGGCGCUGGAGUGCAUCCAGCAUCGGGUGUUCACGCACAAGAGCGACGUGUGGGCGUUCGGCGUCACCAUCUGGGAGCUGCUGACGUACGGCGGGAGGCCCUACGAGAGCGUGCCGGCGCGCGAUGUUCCCGAGCUGCUGGAGAAGGGCGAGAGGCUGCCGCAGCCUGCCAUCUGCACCAUCGACGUGUACAUGAUCAUGAUCAAGUGCUGGAUGCUGGACGCCGAGACCAGGCCGAGCUUCAAGGAGUUGUCGGACGAGUUCUGUAAGAUGGCGCGUGACCCGGGCCGGUACCUGGUCAUCCAGAGGGACCACCUGAUGCGGUUGCCACCUUACUCGUCGAGCGAGGCCAAGGACGACAUGAUCAGGUCACUGUCGUCGGGUAUCGAGGGACCAGAGGCGCUGGUCGAUGCUGACGAGUACCUCACGCCCAAGUCGCGGGGUCCCGUCCCUGUCCUGGGGCCGCUUGGCCCUGGUGGGCCGACUUCCAUCACCACUACCACGACGACUACCUCCACGUCCUCCAACAGUCCGCCCCGGACGCCCACCGUCAAGAACUGGCCCAUGGGCCACCUCUCCGCCGACUCGCCCACCCCGCAGAACCAGAGGAACUGGGAGCUGCUGAGGUACGCGGCCGCCAUCCCCGGGCACCCGCUGGCCACGGCGGCGGCGCUCGUGGCGCGGCAGCAGCAGCAGCAGGGCAUCCCCACGCACCCCGAGCUGCACCGACGGCUGCAGCUGGGGCUCCAGGAUGCGCUGGCCGCCUAUGGUGCAGAGCAGCUAAAGCAGCAGAGAGACGACGCCUCCCGCGCGGAUGAAGACUGCUGUGACACUGGGGCGUCCAAGAGGGAGGCGCAGGUUGGCUCCCUCAAGCUGGACCUUCCGCUGGACGAGGACGACUACCUGAUGCCCUCGCCGCAGACCUCGCAGGGCCAAACCACCUACAUGGACCUGAUCGGGGACCCGUCCAAGAUGUCUGGAGAAAAUGGUGAAGCGAGAAACGGUGGCUUCAGGACGUAUCCAGACUUCCUCCAACUGCCGGGUGCGAACGGCGUCAAACCGACGAGCGUGGACAACCCGGAGUACCACCUCGUGAGCAACGAGCCGACGACGCCAGUCACGCCGUCGCCCUCCUCACAACCCUUAGGAAUUCCAAUCACCCAGCCAGAGCCGUCGGCGCCAGUCGGCGUCAUUGGCGUCACGGGCGUCGGUGCGGCGCCCGUCGGUGGACCGGUGUUUCUCGGACACCAGCCUCGGUCAUCUGAGGAAGAGUCGGACCACGAGUACUACAACGACUUAGACAGGUUGCAGCGGGAGCUGCAGCCUCUUAAACCUCUUCGAAGAAAUGAAACUACAGUGUGACGAAAGAGUGGUGCGGUGUUCGUGUAAGAAGGACUCUAAACGAGCGUCGAUCGCAACCCGCCCCAUAAUCCCGUUUCUAGUUUUCACGUUGAUUUUUUGUUGUUGUUAUUCUUGUUGUCGUCGUGCGUGUCCCGCAUCAAAGUGCAAUUAUUGUUGGAGUGAG